AUGAAGCUCUCCCUGGUGGCUGCGGUGCUGCUGCUGCUGCUCGGCACGGCACGGGCGGAGGAGGAGGACAAGAAGGAGGACGUGGGCACGGUGGUCGGCAUCGACCUGGGCACCACCUACUCCUGCGUCGGGGUGUUCAAGAACGGCCGCGUGGAGAUCAUCGCCAACGAUCAAGGCAACCGCAUCACGCCGUCUUAUGUGGCCUUCACUCCUGAAGGGGAGCGUCUGAUCGGAGAUGCAGCCAAGAACCAGCUCACCUCCAAUCCUGAGAACACAGUCUUCGACGCCAAGCGACUCAUUGGCCGGACAUGGAACGACCCUUCCGUGCAGCAGGACAUCAAGUUCUUGCCUUUCAAGGUGGUUGAAAAGAAAACUAAACCAUACAUUCAAGUUGAUGUUGGAGGUGGACAAACAAAGACAUUUGCUCCUGAAGAAAUUUCUGCCAUGGUUCUCACUAAAAUGAAGGAAACUGCUGAGGCUUAUUUGGGAAAGAAGGUUACUCAUGCAGUUGUUACUGUACCAGCAUAUUUCAAUGAUGCCCAACGCCAGGCAACCAAAGAUGCUGGAACUAUUGCUGGAUUGAAUGUCAUGAGGAUCAUCAAUGAGCCUACAGCAGCUGCUAUUGCUUAUGGCCUGGAUAAGAGGGAAGGGGAGAAGAACAUCCUGGUGUUUGACCUGGGUGGUGGAACCUUUGAUGUGUCUCUUCUCACCAUUGAUAAUGGUGUCUUUGAAGUCGUGGCCACUAAUGGAGAUACUCACCUGGGUGGAGAAGACUUUGACCAGCGUGUCAUGGAACACUUCAUCAAGCUUUACAAAAAGAAGACUGGCAAGGAUGUUCGGAAAGAUAACCGAGCUGUGCAGAAACUCCGACGUGAAGUAGAAAAGGCCAAACGGGCCCUGUCUUCCCAACAUCAAGCCAGAAUUGAAAUCGAGUCCUUCUAUGAAGGAGAAGACUUCUCGGAGACCCUGACUCGGGCCAAAUUUGAAGAGCUAAACAUGGACCUGUUCCGUUCCACCAUGAAGCCUGUCCAGAAAGUGUUGGAAGAUUCUGAUUUAAAGAAGUCUGAUAUUGAUGAAAUUGUUCUUGUUGGUGGCUCUACUAGGAUCCCAAAGAUUCAACAGCUGGUUAAAGAGUUUUUCAAUGGCAAGGAGCCAUCCCGAGGCAUAAACCCAGAUGAGGCUGUGGCAUAUGGGGCCGCUGUCCAGGCUGGUGUGCUCUCUGGUGAUCAAGAUACAGGUGAUCUGGUACUGCUUGAUGUAUGUCCCUUGACACUUGGUAUUGAAACUGUGGGAGGUGUCAUGACCAAACUGAUUCCACGGAACACUGUGGUGCCCACCAAGAAGUCUCAGAUCUUUUCUACAGCCUCUGAUAAUCAACCAACUGUUACCAUCAAGGUCUAUGAAGGUGAACGACCCCUGACGAAAGACAAUCACCUUCUGGGAACUUUUGAUCUGACUGGAAUUCCUCCUGCACCCCGUGGUGUCCCACAGAUUGAAGUCACCUUUGAGAUAGAUGUGAAUGGCAUUCUUCGAGUGACAGCUGAAGACAAAGGUACAGGCAACAAAAAUAAGAUCACAAUUACCAAUGACCAAAAUCGCCUGACACCUGAAGAAAUUGAAAGAAUGGUCAAUGAUGCUGAGAAGUUUGCUGAGGAAGACAAAAAGCUCAAGGAGCGCAUUGACACAAGAAAUGAAUUGGAAAGCUAUGCCUACUCUCUUAAGAAUCAGAUUGGAGAUAAAGAAAAACUGGGAGGUAAACUUUCCUCAGAAGAUAAGGAGACCAUGGAAAAAGCUGUAGAAGAAAAGAUUGAGUGGCUGGAAAGUCACCAAGAUGCUGACAUUGAAGAUUUCAAAGCUAAAAAGAAGGAGCUAGAAGAAAUUGUUCAGCCAAUUAUCAGCAAACUCUAUGGAAGUGCAGGCCCUCCCCCAACCAAUGAGGAGGAAGCAGGAGAAAAAGAUGAGUUGUAG